AUGGACUCCCCCACAAUUUCCCUCUCCGAAGAUUGCAGCAGUUCAGACUCCGACGACGGUCCUACGCCGCAAGAUGACUGCUCCUUCUGCACUCAGUUUUUGGAUGGGUCAUCGGAAGAGGAUCAACGUGCCAUACACCGCAUGUUUCAUGAGGAAUGUGGUGCAUGCCUACCAUCGGCAUCAUCGGAGCAACGGCUCUGCUCGUUCUGCAGACAUCUCCGCAUCCGUCAUCAAUCCAUCUGCUAUCGACCAAAAUACCCGCUACCCAUUCCACUGGGACCUAUCGAGGAUUUAGAAGCUCGCGAGGGUAGCUGCUCCUUCUGCCGCCUUCUCCUCCGUGCUGUACGGAAGUUCGCCAAGGAAAAUGGCAGCGAUUGGGUCAGCGCAAAAGUCAUGUUCAAGCCACUCGGAGAUCAGCCGUUCCUCGAAUGGAACGAUUACUCUGGCGCGCCGGGCCAAUCGGCAUACUGCGACAUCUUGUGUUUUGAUGGCGAUGUGCAAAGAAAACCACAACUCUCCAUCCAAGACAGCGCGGCAGCAACAGGGGUGCCUUUGGGACCGGCAAUCACCGAUUGGAAGACAAUCAAGGAACGCUUCCAGCACUGUCUCCAAGAGCAUCCCGAAUGCGACGGGCGUCCGGAUACGUUGCCAAACGGCUUUCGUGUCAUUGAUGUGAAGAGGCGGAGGAUCGUUGCGGCACCUACGAAGUGCAAGUAUGUGGCUUUGAGCUACGUUUGGGGUGUUAAUCCUCAGCCAUCGAUGCUUUUGGCCUUGCGCUCCACCAUCGGAGCUUACCAAGAAGACGGAGGACUGGCCGCCAGCAACAUGCCGAAGACCAUCGAGGACGCCAUGCUUGCGUGUACGCAACUGGGCAUAGACUACCUCUGGGCGGACAGGCUGUGCAUCAUCCAAGACGAUCCGGAAGACAAGUUGCAGCAGAUCAUGGCCAUGUCCGGUAUCUAUACCCUAGCCUCUCUCGUCAUCAUCGCCGUGGACGGAGACAACAUGGACACGGGCUUAGCCGGCAUCAGCCGCACCCGCCCGGCGCAGCCCCAGGACACGGUGGAGGACCUGCGCGUCGCACCCGUUCUGCCGACAUACCACGAGAUGGCCGACCGCUCGGUGUGGUUCUCGCGCGGCUGGACGUACCAGGAAGCCAUCCUCGCGAACCGCAAGCUGUACUUCACCAACGCGCAGGUGUGCUACGAGUGCGAGCACCAGCUGUGGCACGAAGACCCGCUCAGCUUUGGCCGCGGGAACCUGAACAAGAUGUCGCCGCAGUAUCAGAGUCCGGCCUUCACCAUGGGCUUGUACGGAGGUAGAGGGACGCGGUUCGAGGAGUAUGUCAGGCACUUGUCUCCGUACAGGACGAGGGCGUUGACGAAUCAGUCCGACGUGUAUAAUGCUUUCACUGGCAUCCUGAAUGCGCUGUACGGCACCGAGGAGGUGCUUUUCGGGCUUCCCCGACCGGCUUUUGAUCAGGCGCUGCUGUGGCGACCGUAUAGCAUUCAGGACAAGGUGAAGCCCGUCAAGCCCUACUUGAACAAGAUUGCGAACAUGGUGCUGCCUUCAUGGUCAUGGGGCUCUGUCGUUGGAAUACCAGGACUGUCGCCAUUCAGCUUCCAAGGUACGCUAGUGUCCUGGCACAUGUAUUCCGAGGCCAAGGGAAGAGAAGGGAUGCAGCGGAUCGAAGCGUGCGAGAGUCCACCUUCAUGGAACGAUGACCACGCAUGGAAUACUGACGAGGAUCUGGUAUGCCCGCAACUGCACAUGGCACUCGCAUGGAUGGAGGGCUGUGUGGAGGCUGCGCUGCCCGAUUCAAUACCUUUUUGGCGGGAGACGACUUUCUCUGACCUGGUGCCCAAGCUGGAAAGUCUCUGGCCAACGUAUGAGAGAUACUGGAAUGACGUUUCCACAUCUUCGUCGAACGCUAAGAGAAUUGAUGGGGAAUCCAAUGCACGACCUGGAGUGCUGCAUGGACGCGUACAAACCGCGUCCUUCCGCGUCAGGCUUCUCGAACUCUACUCAGAUACGAACUUGUCUGUAGUAGAUGACGCGGAUGAUAUAAUCGGGAUCGUGCGUGUGCAGGAUCCGCUAGUGGAGCUGGAAGUGCUUCGGGACGUGGCCAAGGAUAGAAACACAAAAUUCGAGUUCAUCGCCCUUGCAGUCUCGAAAGAGCCUGAUCUCGUGUAUUGGAUGGACAGCGAAAUGACUGACUGGGACCAGUUGUUGGAAAAGCGACCGGAUCUUACCUUCUACGACCGCGAUGGAAAGUCACCAGCAAACGUCCCCACGGUAAAUGUUAUGCUUGUUGGGAGAAGAGGGGAGGUAGCGUAUCGGAUCAGCACAGGAUGGAUUUGUCUUAGCAAGUGGGUGAAGGCGCGACCGCAGUUUCAAGACGUCAUGUUGGAAUAA